GACGCCAAUUCGUCCGCAGUAUAAAUCAGGGACCGUGAAAGCCAAUCUCAUGGAGCAGAAAUGGGGGGUGUCGGGAUCCGAUGUUCUCUACCAUUUUGGUACCAGUGGAAUUUCCGUCGCCACUGCCACCGGCAUCACUCACCCUUUGGGUACGAGUACUUCCCCCACUUUUCGCUUGUUUCGUUUGGUUGGGCUUCCGUGUCCGAUCGAGUCUAUGUUCUUCAUUCAAGCAUGGGUUGUUCUUGUUCUUGGUUCUAACUUCUAAGAUUCAUUUCCCUUUAGCAUUUUCGGGAAUCUGAUUGGUUAUGGUCACGUAUUAAUUGCUUGAAAUUCUGUAUGCCUGAUGCUAUUUUCAUCCUUUUUUUUUUUCUUCCAAAGAUUCGGGAAUUGAGAGAUUUAUCCUCAUCUUUUUCUCUUGCAAUUUUCUUGUCCUGGUAAUGCUUGAGCGUAAGACGAAGAGUGGGAAAUUGGGAGAGUUGGUAGCAGGAGAUUAUCAUGGGACUGCUAUGCUAACGUUCAUUAGUUGGAAAGAUUAAACUAUGCAGAUCCUUAUAUGUGAUCGUGAAAGAAAGUGGGCGCAGGUAAGUUUCUCUCUUUAAGCAUAAAAAUGGCACGAACUAUAUUUUGAGUUCUGAAAUUAGGAACUCUGUAUAAAUUUAUGCAAUUAGUUUGUUCCUUUGGUGGGUGGGGUGAGAUUUAUGAUAAAAAGAAAGUAGUAUAAUCUCAUUUUUGCAAUCAAUGUAAGGUGAAAGAAAAUUAUCAGCAUCCAAAAGCCCUGUUCUGUACUGUUUAUGUGUGCAUGUGGCUUCUAUGCAGCUAACCUGUCAAGGAUUUUAAUUGAAUUUUUCAUGCAUUUGUCCAAACAUAGACAAUUGCCUCCCCCAUCCCACCAGGCAAUAAUUUGUGAACACGGUGAGAUUGAUGUUUGCGAAUCAUUUGCGUUGGUAGUAAUGUGAUUAAUGCACUGUUUUGCAAGGUUUAUGUACUAGAUGUAUGAAUGCAUGACCAUAUCGUGAAUUACAAUGAAUUCAUUGUGCAGCAUGUAGGCAAUACAUUGACUUGAAAGGUGUCAUGUUUAUUUUUGUGAUGUGUUUGGUAGUGUAGAUCUUAUUUCAUAAAAAAGAAAAAAAAAUCUUUUAUGUUGUUCUGGUGCCAGUGUCCAUUGUUUUUUGUGAUAGAUUCUGUUAAACCUAAAAGGAAAAUUUUAUAAGAUGACCAUAAGAUCAGCUUUAUUGUGUUGGACAAAAUAUUGGACAGUAAAGCAGCGACAUGUGCUAAAUGUGAGAGUAAUAGAGCUGAAGAUAUUAAGAUAGAUAUGCAGCCAAACAAGAAAAGGGAGAGUGGAUGAAAUGCAAUUAAGAUACAACAGGUGUCUUGAAUUUAUUAAGAUGUAUGAAAUGCAAUUAAGAUAAUUGGUCAUGUGAGAAGAAGAUCUAUAGAGGCUCAAGUGAGGAGAGUGGAUGGAAUGGAGCAAAUCUGUAGCAAAAUAAAAAAUUCUGAAGAACAGGUGUCUUGAAUUUAUUAACAUGAUCUGUUUAUGUGUGGAAUGCAGAUGUUCUCAAGGUGAGGUUGCAAAUGCAACUUGUUGGGCAGAGAGGUCCCUUAAUUGGAAUGGGACGCCUUUUUUUCCAAGUUGUGAAAAGUGAAGGACCCAGGUCUUUGUACUCGGGGUUAACACCAGCAUUGAUGAGGUCAGUUACUUAUGGAGGUCUCCGAUUAGGCUUGUAUGAACCAUGUAAGUAUGUCAGUGAAUUGGCUUUUGAGUCCACCAAUGUUUUGGUCAAGAUUGCAUCUGGAGCAUUCUCUGGUGCUGUUGCUACUGCUCUGACCAACCCUGUGGAAGUUCUGAAGGUGAGGUUACAGAUGAAUAGAAGUUCUAGAAGUGGAGCAAUACACGAAGUGCGUAAAAUGGCUUCAGAAGAGGGAAUAGUGCUGUGGAAGGGGGUUGGCCCUGCUAUGGCCAGAGCUGCUGCAUUGACUGCAUCACAGCUGGCAACAUAUGAUGAAUCCAAGCGGGUUUUGAUAAAGUGGACACCUCUUAAAGAAGGAUUUCAUCUGCAUCUCAUCUCAAGUAUGAUAGCAGGCAUGACAAGCACCCUCAUAACUGCACCCAUCGACAUGGUUAAAACACGUCUCAUGUUGCAAAGAGAAUCUGAAAGAUUUGGAACCUACAAAAAUGGUUUUCACUGUGCAUACCAGGUUAUGCGUACAGAAGGUCUCGGGGGCCUUUAUAAAGGGGGCUUUGCAAUUUUUGCGAGAUUGGGACCUCAGACUGUGAUCACAUUCAUACUCUGUGAGAAGCUGCGGGAGUUUGCAGGAUUGAGGUCAAUCUAGCUCAUGGGAUGUCCCAUCCGAAUUCACUCACUCACAUUUUGCAAGUGCAGUUAUUGGGGGUGAUUUGAUAUACUGUUCCAUGCGAGUAACUGAAAUUUGAUCAGUUCAGAACAGUGUCGAAGAGUCGCCCUCGCCCUCUCAACCUAGCCGGUUGUUGUAGCAUUUGUUGCGCACAAUCUCCAGCAGCUGAUGCGCUUAGAUGAUCCUAAUUCUUUCUUCUUCUUUUUUUUCUUCUUCUUUUUGUUGAGUGAUGUUCCUAUCUUCUCAUAUGAUUGUAUUAUUAUUGUUGUGAUUGUAACAGAUUGAAGAAAUAAAUAAAUAAAUAAAUGAAACAUUCAUUCUGAUUC